CGCAGUUUCUAUCUGACCUUAGCCGUAGUAGCAGAGUGGCGUAGCUAGCCGAGUGAUUAGUCGCUCGCUCGAUGCUAUUGAUGUAAAAUUUUUUAUUGAAAUGUAACUUCCAUGUGGCUUUUCUGGAAAUAUUUCCUGAGUCCUAUAGUUGAAUCAGUCAGUGAUUUCUGGUGUUAUUUGUCUUCAUAGUUCUACAGUUAAUAUGGGUAACUCAUCAUCAUAUAAAUUGAAUUCAGGGCCAAGAAGUGCAUAUGAGGCCAAUGAUGAUACAUCAAGGCCUAGGAAGAGUGAUCCCACUAAUGUUGAAGUUGCCAAGAUGCUGAGGAAGCAGUCUAUGUUUUUGGAGAAGAUUGAUGGCAUCUGUGAAUCUGUAAUUACUAAGCAUCUCUGCAAUGGUAAUGAAAGUCUUGGCCGAUGCAUCUUCCGCCAAAUGUGCAGUUUCGUGACCAAUUCAUCAGAGCUCUUGCCCUAUCUCUCUGUUGAACAAUUCAUCAAAGGUGCCAACCAGUUCAUCAGUCUAAUCUCUGAUGGUGAUCAACUCAAGUUCUACAUAAAUGGAUUUGCUGAUGGUGACCAGAUCACCAGGGAACAGUUCCUUGCACUGGUACGGGCAGCACAUGAGCUCAGUCAUGUCCACAGUCCUGAAUUUGGCUCACGAGAAGCUAAUGCUCUUCUGGACGCUGCAAUGCCUAACAAGAAGUCAGUAGGUGUGAGCUAUCUGUGUAAGUGGUGUCUACAGCACUGUCACCGAUUGGUUCAUUGGAUGCAUCGACAUAUAGCAAACAGGGUCUUUUCUCCUUCCUUUUCUUCACCAUCUCUCCUAGAAGAUCCUAAUGCUACACUGUUGAAACCUGAGCCACCAUCUCGGAAAGUGUCCACCCAUUCUAUGGGUCCUCCAUUGAACUCCUCGUCUCUUGGAAGCUCAUUCAAGAAUAUUUCCAGUGAAGAUAAGUCUUCAGUGACGCGCACUGUUAGCGUCCCUGCCCACAACUCGACUGACAUAGCAAAUAAAAGUGUAUCUCUGUGGACUCUUCCUGUAAUGAAACUGUCAUCGGGUUUGAGCUAUUCUGCUGAAUUGAUGCAGCAAUUGGAUGAAGCAAGAGACGAGGCUGAUGCUGACACUCCAGUCUUGGACAGCAAUGAAUCCUCAAGCUUGAAUCCGAGCCUUGUUUGGUUGCUGACCUGCUCCUUGCCUCUCACCUACACCAAGCAUCAGCCGCUUGAUGAGCCACGCAAAGUCCGACGCUCUUCUCUUCCUGUCAUGAGUUUCAUCCACACACUUCUGUCAACGGGCAGACCUCGGCACUGGGAGCCACUGUACUUCAGCGACCGUGAUGGGCUCGGCGUCAACAGAUUUGAGGUGCAUGUUUUCAACUACCGCGGCCCAACACUCACAAUCUUCACUGCCCAGGACGAUGACGUUGCUUUCUGCCUCGCUCUUGAUGAGGAAUGGAAGGACUCGAAAAACUUCUGGGGUGGCGAGGAUUGCUGCUUGUUGCAGAUCAGGCCCAAGUACAAGAUAGUCGAGCGUGGUGAGAAAUUGAUGUACUUCAAUCUUACGUGGCGAGGUUUCCCCACUGGGGUUCAGGUGGGAGAUAAUUACGAGAGCCGAGCACUUACCGUCAACAAGGAAAUGAAUCAAUUCCAGCACCACAACAUUCCCUACAAGCUGGGCAGCAUCGAGGUCUGGGGAUGUGGCUCGCAGCAAAUCAGAGAGAAUCAGAAGGAGUUCAAGAAGCGACAAGCCAAGGACGUGGAGAUCAGACGGAAAGUUAAAAUCACAACAAGCGAGUGGGCCGAACACCCCGACCGCUACCUGCUGGAGUUGGCCGGUGGAAGAACAAGCUAUGCUGACUACAAGACUCAGCCAUCACAACCGCCGGCUUAAUAGGCUUGUAGUCACUCAACUCAGCCAGAUAUUUUUGUUCGUUCUUAUUCUGACAAGGGUUUUUAACCCUGAUCGCCUUAGUGGACAUAUUUGUCCUCUUAUUGCAAUGAGAUUCCUACCUAAGUUAAUCGGGAGGCCAACGGUUCAACCGGCUGCGUGUUUGACCCCCAGUUCCACUAUAUCGUUACUGCCCUUUUGUCCUGUAGUUUUAUUUUUCUGAACGUAUGUUCAUCAGAUACUCAGUGUAUUCUUUGCUGCUUUGCCAAAAUCAUCGACACAAUUACUUAUUUCUGUUUAACAUGGCCCAAAGAGCUUACUGUGUCUUUUAUUAUAAGUCCUUGUACGCUUUUUUGUUUCACGUUACUCACCCAUGGAAUUAUUUUUUUUUAUGGGAGUUGGUAAUUUAAUCAUAGUCGGAGAAUUUCUAAAUGUUGCUCUAGUUGGUUUAUUAUCCAAAAGACUUGUCACUUGAAUGCCUGCAGUGUUAUUUCAAUUUACAGUAGUAACUUUAGCAGUGUGUAAAAAGGUUAUUGCUUUUAUUGGCUCAGAGUCAUUUGCCCUUCCAGAAGCACUUACCCUUGAUGCA